GUAGGUCCUGAGGCUCUCAACAUGUACACUUCUCGGCCUACAGACUGGCUAGAUGGGACUAGAUCAGAUGUUCUUUAUGCUUCAUCAAUCGUAUCUGCUAGCUUCCCACCUCAUUCGUUUGUCAAAGCAAUCCCGUGUAAUUACUGGGCCGAACACUGUUAUUUUAUUGAUCAUGAUACAAUCAAAGAGGACCUUAAACAACCUUCGCUUCAUCCAUUGUUGGCAAUUGGAGUUUUCUUUUGUAAACAAAAACCUUCUUUGAUGUCCAUGGAACAUAAAGACGAUGCAACAAUACAAACAUUAUACAGAAUUGCUAAAGAGCAAAUGGAGGAAGAAAAGGUAGUAAAACCCAUCGCAUCGGCUUUGGCUGACGUUUGUAAUCAAACAAACACGCAAUUCCAAAAAUUAGUAAAAGUAAUAGGGGCUAUGCCAGAUAGUCUUCUUAGAAAACGCGCACUUGCCUACGCAGACGACGGAAUCUUGUAUACGGAUACUUGCCAACGUAAAUAUUUUAAAAAAGACGCUUCAUGUGUGUCACCGAUGCCAGCACCUUUGGAAUUACCCGAAGCAACGAUACAGCAAAUCGAUGAAACCGAGAUCAACCAUAACAACACUGAUGAUAUUUUGCCUGAAACUGGUAUUCCAAAAAGCGAUAUGGAUUAUGCUCUUCAAUUCAAACAGACGGUAGAAAUAAUGAAUUGGAAAGAAUGUUAUGAAAAUGGGAAGAAGGAUGGAUAUUUCAGCACUUAUACCACACCAGCAAGUUUAAAGAGAGCGUUUUAUAAAAAAAAAGCCUAACGAAGAAUAAUAGUUGACAGGGCAAACCAACCAAAAGAAGUUUAUGUCAGUUUAUAUAAAAAAUACAGUGAGCUUGCCAAAGAAAACCUCAGUACGAAGAGCUUAAUUUUUCUUUCCUGUCUUACAGGAUUUUGGUUUUAAUUGGUACCUCCAUAAUUGUUUUUUAAGAUAGUAUAUAUUUUUAUUUUUUCCUUUGAAAUGAGUAUGAUUUUUUUUUUUAAAUAAAGAGGGUGCUAGUAAGUUAGUUGAUGAGCAAGGAGAUGAAUAAACCGCCUUAGUUGAAGAGUAGUCAUUUCGCUUGAAAAAGUUGACAAAUCUUUGAAAAAUAAUAAGAAUCAGGAGGUUCAAAUUAAGAUAGCCAUGCCGACACUUUUAUAGAAGAGGUCACGUCGCAGAAGGAACGAAACCUUGAAUAUAACGUUUAUACCAACGAAAAUUGUAGAUGUUAUUUUUUUAUAC